AUAUAUUUUACUGAAGCUGCUAUUCCACUCUCGCUCGCACUCACGAAUUUCAUUUGCUUCGAAAACUGAGAGAGAGAAAGAGUGUGAGAGAGAGAGAGAAAGAUGAGAGAAGAGGUUAUCAGCUCCGGAGGCACCGUUGAUCUCACACCCGCUGCCAGUUCUGCUGGAGCAUCCUCCCCUGCUGUUCCGAUGAAUGUUGGCAGCUUAGAUGGGUCAAGUCAUGCACAAGGCUCUAAAGCGGCUUCUCUCUCAUGUGUUGGUUCACAACCACCAUGGACUACUUCCUUGAGCACAACUGCUGGUGCUUCAUCAAGAUCUUCGUGUAGACCAUGGGAAAGGGGAGAUUUGUUAAGGCGUCUGGCUACAUUUAUCCCUUUAAAUUGGUUCGGGAAGCCUCAGAUCAUCAGUUCAUUGGCUUGUGCUCAGAAAGGUUGGACAAAUAUUAGUGCAGACAAAAUUGUGUGUGAGUCAUGCGGUGAAUGCCUGAGUUUUAUAUCAUCUUCAUCCUGGACAUCAGCUGAAGGCCAAAAUGCCAGCGAAUCCUUUGCCAGGCAGCUGGAUUCGGGGCAUAAAGUUAAUUGCCCUUGGAAAGGAAACAGCUGUCCAGAAAGCCUAGUGCAGUUUCCUCCAACUCCUCAAUCUGCCUUAAUUGGUGGCUACAAGGAUAGAUGUGAUGGACUCUUACAAUUUCACUAUCUCCCUGUGGUAGCGAUGUCCGCAAUUGAGCUAAUGUGUGUUUCUCGAGGCCCACAGAUUGAGCGCUUUAUAUCAGAGCUUGAAAACUCUCAAGAUGAGGCAUACUACUUAUUUUCUCGUGCACAGAAGCUUAUAAGUCUUUGUGGAUGGGAACCGAGAUGGCUUUUAAAUGCUCAAGAUUGUGAAGAGCACUCUGCUCAAUCUGAAAGAAAUGGAUAUUCUUUCGGCCCAAGUAAGACUCAACUCCAUAUUACUCAAGAUCCAGGGCCAAAAGCAAUUUCUUCUUCUACGAAAAUGGACAGCAGAAAGGGAAAGGCAUCUCUUAAGGAGUCUAGACUUGACAGCCGCUUGCCUUUGCUUGAUUGUAGCUUAUGUGGUGCUACAGUUAGAAUUUCGGAUUUUUUGACUAUUCCUCGUCCUAAUCGGUUUGCACCUAACAGUAUAGAUAUUCCUGAUACUAGUAAAAAGAUAGGACUGACUCGUGGAGUGAGUGCAGCUAGUGGAAUCAGUGGUUGGAUAGCGGCUGAUGAUAUAGAGAAAGAUCAGACUGAAGAUCGUGAUGAAGUUGCAACAACAAAUGAGGGGAAGUUGUUGACAAACACAGAUCUAGAUUUGAAUCUUACUAUGGCUGGGGGUUUUCGUUUUACUCCUUUGGGCAGGACCGCUACAUCUGAAAAUACUCUUGAUGAGGGCAUGGGAAGGGAUUUAAUGAUCGGUCAGCCUUCAGGGAGUGAGAUUGGUGAUCGUGCAGCUUCAUACGAAUCCCGAGGGCCAAGCUCUCGUAAGAGAAAUUUUGAAAAGGGUGGAAGUUCCGAUGACAGACCACUUCUUAGGUUGCAGCAGCAGGCUGAUAGUGUUGAAGGAACUGUCAUUGAUCGUGAUGGUGAUGAAGUUACUGAUGGCGGAAAAUAUUCAGCUGGUCCUUCAAAACGUGCUCGUGACUCCGAUAUUUUUGACACAUACUGUUCACCUCAUCAAAGAGAUUCAUCAGGUGCUGGUCCUAGCCAUUCAUUGGGCCUUGAGGGCUAUGUUGCUGGCAAUCGAGCUUCUUCAUUUCGUCAAGGUAGUGAUCGACUAAUCGGAUUCCAAUCCCGUGCAUCAUCUGUCAUUGCAAUGGACACAUUAUGUCAUAGUGUUAAUGGUGAUUCUAUGGAAAGUGUUGAAAACUAUCCAGGAGACCUUGAUGAAGUUCAUUUCCCCUCCUCUAGCACCUAUGGCAAUGUUGACAUGAAUGAAACAUCUGAGCUGAAUAAUAGCAAUCAAGCUCAGCAAAGCACUUGUUUACAAGCAGCUACUGAAGUUGUCCCUGGUGGAGUGGGAGUAAGCUGUACAAACUAUGGGGAAGAACUUCUCAAUGCAGAAACUGUGACUGCUCAGGCUCGAGAUGGAAUUAGUUUUGGCGUUAGUGGAGGGAGUGUAGGAAUGUGUCUUAGUCAUGAAGCUGAAAUCCAUGGGGCAGAUAUAUCUGUACACAGAGCUGAUAGUGUUGUUGGUGAAAUGGAACACAGAGUAGAAGAUGCUGAAAAUCAAGGACAGACUGGUGAAUCUGUUCCGCAUCCAGGUCUAACGGAUGAGAUUAUCCCCGAUGAUAUAAACAGGGAAGAUCCUGUUGGUGAUAGCCAGGAGAUGAUGUCUCACUCUGUAGGAAGGGCAGACAGUGGGUCAAAAAUUGGUUGUUCUACAAAGGCAGAAUCUGUUGAAAGUGGAGAAAAGAUUGGUCAAAACAGUAAUCUGCCACCUGCUAACAGUAGUCAUCCAUCCCGUUCGUGCAAUGCUAAUAUGUAUUCAGGUUCUGGAAAUACUAAAGAAAAUAUCAAGAAGGAUGGUAAAUCAUCAUUCACCAAUAAUUGUGCUCUACUUGAAUCAGACUUUGCCGCUGCAAAUGGGAUUGGUCCUCCGAAAGGUGAAAGUAAUUAUGAAGAGGCUGUAGAAUUUGAUCCUAUUGUCCAUCACAACCAAUACUGCCCUUGGGUGAAUGGAAAUGUUGCUGCUGCUGGUUGUGCUAACUCUGUUCCAAGCACUAGUAGUGAUGCAAUUGCACUUUGCGGGUGGCAGAUGACUUUGGAUGCUUUGGAUGUCUUGCGAUCACUGGGGCAGAAUGCAAUUCCAACAGUACAGUCUGAGUCUGCUGCAUCUUUGUACAAGCAGAAUGAUCAGCAAGCACCUCGUGAGAAACUCCUACGCAAUCACUCUAUAAGCCGAAGUCAUGGUCAACUUUGAGUGUUUUUCAAGCAUUUGGUUCUCCAUUUCGUUGAUUAUAGCUAUAUUUAUCGAAGUACGCAUGGUACUGGGAAUAUUUCAAAGUCUCUCUAGCCAGAGGCUUGGUAAGGCUGUUGCAUUGCACAUGAAAUGCUAUUAGGGAAACUGGUUGGUCAUCAAAGCGUAGAGAUCUCUUGCAUUAGUUGGUAUGGCCGAUUCAAUUCAUGAUGUAGAAGACUUAAGUUAUUAUCAAACAACAAUUUGUUUCGAAGACCUGUGGUUUGAGUAUUGAAUUGUAAAUACUGGAAAUGUCUUUUUUUAAUCAUAGAAUUGCGUUUAGGACUUUAGGCCUCUGGCCCCAUUUUCUUUGUGUAUUUGGUAAUGAAAAAAGAUUCUUGGAAAAUUUCUUAGAAGUUUCCCCGUUUUUCAGAAUUUAAAAGAAAAUUUCCCCUUUUUUAAUAAAAAAGGCGUUCAUAUUCA